CAAACACUGAGCUUCAUCUACCAUUACUAUUGCCCAUCCUACUUUUAUAUUGAAAAUAUCCGGUCACAAGAGAACAGUAAGUGUUUGCGCUAAUCUUGACUUCACGCAUCCGGAACAGAAACCCAAAACACCAGGACACGGGCAUUUUGAUUCUUUAAAAUCAGAUUGUGAUUCGGUUUCGGUGUGGACGCAAUGGAGGUCCGCUUCACGCGAGGCAAGUCCGCGAUCCUCGAGCGCUCGCUCACGCGCCCGAAAACGGAGGUGAGCGUGAGUGCGUUCGCGCUGCUCUUCUCGGAGAUGGUGCAGUACUGCCAGAGCCGCGUGUACUCGGUGUCUGAGCUCCAGGCCCGGCUGGCGGACAUGGGUCAAGGGGUUGGCGCCAGCCUCCUGGAUGUCCUCGUGAUGAGGGAGAAAAACGGGAAAAGGGAGACCAAAGUUCUGAACAUACUUCUGUUCAUUAAGGUAAAUGUAUGGAAAGCAUUAUUCGGCAAGGAAGCAGACAAGCUGGAGCAGGCCAACGAUGAUGACAAAACAUACUACAUCAUCGAAAAGGAGCCUUUGAUCAACGCCUACAUUUCAGUACCUAAAGAAAAUAGCACUUUAAACUGCGCAGCCUUCACUGGUGGCAUCGUGGAGGCUAUUUUAACCCACAGUGGCUUCCCAGCCAAAGUCACUGUCCACUGGCAUAAGGGAACCACACUGAUGAUCAAGUUUGAUGAGGCGGUCAUCGCUCGUGAUAAAACUCUUGAUGGCAGAUAGUACAUCAAGGCUCGAGUCUGGAGUCUCAUCAUUGUUUUUUUUUUUUUGUCCCACUCAUUUUUAUAGCUUUGCUAACAGAUUCAGAUCUCAAUAACUUCAAGUCUGUCUCUAGUUGUUUUUCUUUUUUAAAUCAUGUUACGAAAUAUCGCUGAGGACAGGCCACAUCAACACGGUCACUUGAGGUUUAGUUCAGUGCAAAUUAAUGUCUUUACCGAUACACUAAUGCAACGAGGGGUUAUUUUCAGAAAGCUUAAUUUUCAAGGGUUAUUUUUUAGAGACAUUAAUAAAGUACAAUAAUGGAUUUGGAUUGGAUUUCAUUGGAAAUUCAUCGAGUGUCAUUGUGCUGAUAUUAAAAAAAAAGUUAACAUGUACCUUUUUAACUGUUAUUCGCGCGAAGUUGUGCAGACGCUGUAUAUAUGUCAAAACGAAAACUAGUGCUAGCAGAGAUAAACACGCUCAAACUAGCACAGAAUUAUUUACAGGAUGAAUUAUUAUAUUUGGAUUUCUUGAUUGUUGUAUUAUAAAGGAUUGUUGUUCUGUGCGUUUCAUUUGUUCAUGAUGUUGUUUCAUUUGUCAUCACACAAUAUAAUAAAGUCUUUGUAAACCACAA